AUGUCGCUGUCGAAUGUGCAGAAAAUGAAGCUGCAGCUAUAUCACCGUCUACAACGGCGUCAUCGCAAUGUGUGGAAGCAAUACUGGAGCUCAUUUCAGCUAUUUUUAAUGGCUAAGAUAUCUUUGGAAGAAUUCCAUGCAUUAGCUGAGGACUUCCUUGGACCUGAUAAGCAUAUGCACAAUAAGUUUGUGAUUUCUCUCCUUAGUACUACAGGUGACCAGGAAAAUACAGAUUUGUAUACGAAUCAACAGCCGCCUCCAGCUCUGGAAAUGCCGGAUUACAAGGGAAAAGAGGAAAUAAAUGAUAUUGUAAUUAAUAGAAGAACCAAGACAGUCAGUAGGAAAGAUAUGUUACUGCAGAAUAGCAAGAAAAACUGCAUGAGAUAUGAUGAUGAUGAUGACCAACGACAGAAAGAACCGCUUGGAGGUAAACGAUCACAUAGCAGCAUUGUAUCUAUUGAUACCAACGUAGAGGAGACGGUUGUAAAAAAGCUCAUGCACCUUCAUCAGGAUCAAUCGCACAAUCGUGUCCAUCCAGACCACCAAUCGGCACAGCUACUGAUGGAACUUGGAAAAUUUGGGAGGACAAGUAGCCCGUCAUCCAUCGUCAUCGCGCCUGUAUCGACACCUUCCAACAACAGCAAAGGUUUGGAGUGA